GUAAAGUGGGUUGAGGGGGUGAUUUGCCACCAAUGGGUGAGUUAAGGGGGUGAUCUGCAUGUUUUGCCAACCAUCUGAAGCACUCAAAAUGACCAAACUAUCCUUAUUUUUUCCCAGAUUACAAACCCUUCUCACCCUUUUCUUCCUCAUCUGUAUACCCUCCAAUGUAAUUUCACAAAGCAUUGAAACAGAACGUACAAUUCUUCUCAAACUUAAGCAACAGCUGGGUAAUCUGCCGGCGAUUCAGUCAUGGAAUGACUCAUCGUCACCGUGUUCUUGGCCGGGAAUCCACUGCACUCAAGGUUCAGUCACCGCCGUUUCGCUCCGCAAUAUUGACAUUAAGGUCAAAAUCCCACCAACAAUCUGCGAGCUUAAGAACCUCAAUGUCCUUGAUCUGGCCGACAAUUAUAUCCCCGGUGAGUUCCCAAAACUGCUGUACAAUUGCUCCAAGCUCCGGUACUUAGACCUCUCCAUGAACUACUUUGUCGGCCCCAUUCCCGAUGGUAUUGAAAGGUUAUCGACUCUGCUUUACUUAAACGUCAGUGCCAACAAUUUUUCUGGUGACAUUCCGCCGAGUAUUGGCCGAUUACCGGAGUUGCGAGAACUCCAUCUCGACGGGAAUGAGUUCCGCAAUGUCACUUUUCCGGAGGAAAUAGGAAACCUAUCCAAUCUUGAGCAUCUGUCUAUGACCUAUAAUGGGUUUGCGCCGAUGAAGAUACCUGAUAGGUUCAGUCAAUUGAAGAAACUGAAGUACUUAUGGAUGACGCAGACAAAUUUAAUCGGCCCAAUUCCGGAAGGCAUCGCCGACCUGUCCAGUCUGGAGUGGUUGGAUUUGGCGGGGAACAAGUUGGAAGGCUCGAUUCCUAGCAGGCUUCUCAUGCUGAAGAAUCUGACCAAUUUGUAUCUCUUCCACAACAAACUAUCCGGUGAGAUACCUAGAUCGGUAGAAGCUUUAAAUUUGGUAGAAAUUGAUCUUAGCAUGAAUAAUUUGAUUGGCACCAUACCGGAGGAAUUCGGGAAGAUGCAGAAUCUGGUGUUCUUCGAUCUGUUUUGGAAUCAGUUAACAGGGGAAGUGCCGGUCGGUUUGAGUCAACUUCCGGCCUUGAAGAUUUUCCGGAUUUUUAACAAUAAUUUGAGUGGAAUAUUGCCGCUGGAGUUUGGCCUCCACUCAAAGCUCGAAGGUUUUGAGGUGUGCAGCAAUCAAUUCACUGGUCAACUACCGGGGAACUUAUGCGCAGGCGGCGUUCUACUGGGAGUGGUUGCAUUUUCAAACAACCUCAGCGGACAAAUACCAGCGUCGCUUGGAAAUUGCAGCACCCUCCGAACCUUUCAGCUUCAGAACAACCACUUUUCAGGUGAGAUUCCUCCGGGUCUCUGGACGACUUUCAAUUUAGAAAGCUUGAUGUUGAGUAACAAUUUAUUUUCGGGGGCAUUGCCGAGCAAACUAGCAUGGAAUCUGACGAGGGUGGAAAUUAACAACAACAAAUUUUCCGGCCAAAUACCAACCGGAGUUGGUUCUUGGUCAAAUUUGACAGUCUUCCAUGCAAGCAACAAUCUCUUAUACGGUGAAAUUCCAAAGGAAAUAACAUAUCUUUCUAAGAUUAUUUCACUCUUCCUCGAUGGUAAUCAACUUUCCGGUGAAUUGCCAUUGAAUAUAGUCUCCUGGGUAUCGUUGACAGCCUUGAAUCUGUCCGGUAACCAACUCACCGGUCAAAUUCCGGCAUCAAUUGGGUCUUUACCUGACCUGUUCAAUCUUGAUUUAUCAGACAACCAAUUUUAUGGGAAAAUCCCUGCUAAAAUUGGCAACCUGAGACUUACUUCCCUAAAUUUAUCAUCCAACAAACUCUUCGGGAAAAUCCCUGACGAGUUUGACAACCUUGCCUACGAAAACAGUUUCUUGAACAAUUCCCACCUCUGUGCAGACAAUCGAGUCCUAAAUCUUCCAGACUGCAGUUCCACACUUCACCAACCCCAAAAACUGUCCUCUAAAUAUCUUCCUCUGAUUCUGGCUCUUGCUGUCGUUGUCACCAUUGUUAGUGUUAUAUUGACCCUGUUUAAGUUCAGAGACUACCGGGGGAAAAAAUAUCUUGCGACAUGGAAGUUAACUCUGUUCCAGAGAUUGGAUUUCACGAAAGUGAAUAUCUUGUCCAGUUUGACUGAUAAUAAUUUGAUUGGAUGUGGUGGGUCUGGAAAAGUGUACAAGAUUGGCAUUAAUGGGUCAGGUGGAUUUGUAGCGGUGAAGAGGAUUUGGAAUAAACAGAAACUGGAUCAUAAGCUGGAGAAAGAAGAAGCUAACAGAGGAAAUGAGAACACAAGCCUUGCAGAAUGGGCAUGGCAGCGUUACUCAGAGGAAAGGCCUUUGGUUGAAUUGUUUGAUCUGGAGAUUAACGAUCCAUGUUACUUGGACGAGAUGACUUCGGUGUGCAAGCUGGGGCUUGCAUGUACAAGCACUUCACCAUCUUCAAGGCCUUCCAUGAAGGAAGUUCUGCAUUCACUUCAACGCUGUGGUCCGCAAGAAAUUUUUGAAGUGAAGAAGAAAUCAGGAAGGGAAGUUGAUAUUGCUCCCCUUCUUCGCAGCCCCACUUACAUAUCCAGUUACAAGGAGAUUAAGAGAGGAUCAGAGGAAGAUGAUGGCUACUCGGUCUACAGCAUCUGAUGACCCAUGGCACUCGUGCAAUCCUUUCUCUCAUCCUUUAAUCUACUUCAAUUGCAUGUUCUACAACGGGAACUCAAAACUUUUUAUUUUCAAUAUAUAUAUAUAUAUAUCACUAAAUUAUUUAAGUACUU